UAAGCCAGGUUUUACUUGGAAAUACCCGCUCAAAUUAUAACGCCUUUACAAAAGAUUCAUCAUUUGGGUCACCAUUUUGCCGUGAACGUCCAGAGAAGCAACUCUCCAGUAUUCUAAACUCCUGUAUCUCUUGCCAGUUUCAAGAAUCAUCUCAAACCAUGUCGGAAAAUUCAACCUAUCUACCGAGAUGUCUCGUCUUCAAAACAAAGAUGCACCACUGUCCAGAUCAUUAAAAAGGGGUCUGUUAAAAUAUGCAGAUUCACUGAUCAAAUUUGGAAAUGGAAAAAAGAAGCACACAAAUCAAUUCACCGUCGCCGUAUCUAGGAUUAGUAAUUAUAGAGGCCAGGAAGAAAGAGAAGAGGCAAUGAUGAAAGCAGCACUUCUAGCCAUACCAGGUCUCCUUCAGGAAAAGUUGGAUAAUGUUUUUGUGUCACCCGGAACUGAGUCACAGAACCCCGUACAUAUUCAGACGGACGCUGAAGACGUAAUUGAUUCAGAAUCUUUUGUGCUCAGCGCUGACGGAGAGACGAUCGCCACAUCGCACGACCUUCUGUCAGCGGCAGCCAUGUGGGUGUCUUCGUUCUAUAUAUUUAACUUGCAAUACCCAAGUGAUUUAAGUAAGACACUAAUUUUCAUUCAGAAGGUCCUUUUGAAUAUUCAAGACGGAGAUAGCACCCCAAGACCCAUAUUUACUUUAAUAAAUAAAUUGAACAUUGAAAAUGCGAGUGAGUUAAGAUAACUAUGUCUAUUUGCCUUAAUGACAUCAUAAUGCUGUUGCUUAUAACCUAGUAAUCAAUCCUCAGUAUUUUAAUUAUUUGGGUUAUGUUCUGUUCCAUAUCAAAUUUUAUCUCAAAUUUAUUUGUGAUGUUUUUUUCUUUCCCGAUUUCAUAUUUUCUUAAUCAGACAUCAGGUAUACUAAUUAUUUCAGUAGAUUUAAUAAUGUAAUCACCAGAUGAAAAUGUUCUUGUUAUGAUAUUGGAGAGAAAAUAUAAUUUCUUUUAUAUUAUACAAGCAUUAUGGUGUUAAUGAAACAAAAUUGAGGCAGCAACAGUAUGCACAAACCAAAUCUUUAAUUAAUAUUAAAUCCAUUUUACCACAAAGGAAUUUUUCUUCCUGUUGAAAUCGUACACGUGUUUUUUUUAAGGAUUCUGUCACUCAAGAAAGAAUGACAUUUUUUCUACCUUGAAUUUGUAUCUAAAUUAUUGUUUUGAUAUUUUCAUGAGAAGCUAAACAACAUACUACGACUGCAAUGGAAAAUUUUCUUAAUUUUUGACAUAAACAUAUACGUAUAACAAAAGUAACAAAUGAAGAAAUAGCAAAGUGCCAUUUUUCCAUUAAAGCAGAUGUAUUUUUGAAUAUUUGUAUAAAUCGCAAAGAAUAUAUUUCCUCAUUCUUCCUUCGCAGCCGUAAAAUAGCCUUAAAACGGUUCAAUAUAAAUGUUUGAGUACAUUCACCUAAAACUGUCUUAUCUACAAAAAUACAGAUUCCCUCGAUCGAGAAUGAGCUAUAAUUAUAAUCACAACUUCGAAAAAUUCGGGGUUUAUUUUGUAUUUCAAUUGAAAUUGUUCGGACGGACAUUGUACUUCUGUAAUAAUUGUAUUCAGUGUAUGUUAAAUUUUCAUGUUUGCAUAACGCUUUUCUAUAAUGUAAACAACUUCAGGCCUGUCUAGAGUGGGAAUCCACUGGAAUAUACAUGUAAGCCAUGCUCAGUGAGUUAAUUUUGAAUACUUCUAUACUUAAUACUUCAUUUCAUCUCCAUCUUAUGGACUUUCCUCUCAUUUUCUUUACUUUUUCUGUACGAUUUAAUUCUAUUCUAUGCCCUUUCUUCUACUGCCUUUUAUUAUUAAAGAUUUUUUUUCUCAUUUCAUAAAUUGAAAGAGAGAGUUCAAAUAUAACGGUUCGCAUAACCUUUCUUAAAACUUCGUAAAAUAGUUGAAAUGUGUAGUGAACAUAAUAUGCUCCAUGUUGUCUUUAUGUACUAGUAACGAUUUGUUAAAAUCAUGUAGAGAAGGAAAAUCUUAAUUUAGAAAAAUAAAUGGGUUAUUCAUGUCAUAUUUGGAAAGGAAUAACAAAAUGACAAACAAUUUAUUCAUGUUACUGCAAAGAACGUAUUCAAUAUCGAUUUUUUUUCUCUCUCUCUUCUACUUAGGAAAUAAUUUGUCAAUUAAGUAUUCCUAUAUUGUACAUGCUCUAGCUCAUUUGGAUGCCAUUAUUUUGUUAUUGCGAUAUUACAUUUCAUGUUUUGCAAAAUGUAUGAUAACUGGAUAAUAAAGCUAUAUUGUUACUGCAAAUGAA